AUGGGUCGAGGAGGCGCACGGAACGCCGGUCCCCAUUUAGAAUCUGAAGACUACACGAACAACAAAAAAGAGGUGCUGCCGUUCCCAUUGACAGUGGUGGACCGUCACAAUCUUUCCAUCACUGACGAACAGUUCGAGCCACAUACAUGGGAGGAGCUGAAGCAGAUAGUUGCUGAGAACAAGUUGGAAGUGUUGCGAAGAUGGCCAUCUGACUUGAAACGCUACAUUAGGUGGUCUGCCGCUACCAAGGAGGAAUAUGGCUCAAUCAUGGCAUAUGUCAUGCAGAAACGGCUGAAAUGGUUGCCGUCCGCCAACUCAACCCCUGAAACUGGUUUGUCGUUUGACUACAAGGACCCUGUACCCUUCAAGGACUCUUCUGACUGGCAAAUUUUACCAAACGACUGGCCAUAUGGUUUGGACAAGGGAAUCUCGCAUCUCAUCGUGUGGUUAAAAAAUCGACUCGAGGUAGAGCCGCCACGAGGCGACUUGACGCCAAGUGCUCGAACCAUGAUCGAGCAUUUUGUGCAGAAAGAAUUCGUGGAACCUAUCGCCGAGAUGACUGGGGAUGGCACCGACAAGGUCAUUUGGUUCAAGAACUGGGUCUCGCUGCAGUCAGUACCUGGCAUAGAUCACGUUCAUGUACUGAUUCGAGACGUCCCACGGGACUUCAUCGACCGUAGGUGGACCGAUGGAGAGAGGCCAGUACAGGAUAUGACUCAUGUAUAG